AUGGCGGCUUCCAUUGCAUCAUUACUGCGAGCAUGCGCACUCACAUGCUUCUGUCUCUUCCUGCAAGAUGUUUCCGCGUAUGUGGGAAGUGCCACAGUAUCAAGCACAAUCUUGGUUAUUGCACGCGAUUCGACUUCCGCCAUCAACAGCGCUACACUUGGCCUUCAAGGUUACGGUAUCCCUUACGAGAUCGUCACUGUUCCCCAGGAUGGGAUCACAAACCUGCCUCUACUCAACUCUUCAGCAACUCAUGGCAACUACGGUGGUAUUGUCACCGUGAGCGAAGUGGGAUACAACUACGGAGAUCAGUACUACAGCGCACUCACUAGGCGUCAAUGGAACGAUCUAUAUGCUUACCAGACCAACUUUGGCGUACGCAUGGUCCGUCUCGAUGUUUUCCCUACAGCCGACUUUGGAGUUUCCAGCGUCGGGGGAAACUUGAACGAUGAGCCUGUAUCAUUCACGAAUACUACCGGAUUCUCCGCGGCUAAUCUCAAGACCAAAGUAGACGUGAGCAUCGCGAACAUAUAUCACUCUCCUGCGAAGAUUGUGAAUGCAUCAAUGGCAUGGGAGGUUGCCAAGUUCUCGAGCAGUGGAAGCGCCGCAGUCAUCAACCAGAUAGGCACUCGGCAACAAAUGGUUUGGUUUUUGCCAUUCGCUCUAGACUGGGCACCGUCAAGCAACGUCCUCCAACACGCUUGGAUAACAUGGGUGACCAGAGGCCUUUUCGUCGGUUUCAGAAGGAUCUACUUCAGCACACAGGUGGAUGACAUGUUUCUGGAGACGCCCAUGUACCGACCAGCGGGCGUGAACUAUCGCGCCAAGCCUGAUGACCUUUCGUUGCAUGUCACAUGGCAGGCCAACCUGAACGCGAAGAUGCCUGCAGGAUCCGAGUUCUUUAUAGAGAUCGGACACAACGGCAACGGUGAUAUAGAAGCAUCCACGGACACGAGUGAAGGCGAGAGAGUCUGCACCCCAACGAACGCAAUCGAAUACGCGGAUCAAAAGGACGGCGACCCAGAAUUCCAGAAGCCUCCUGGUACUGGCAUCAACAUCUGGCCUUCGACACCUUCUCAGUAUACCUGGAGUCUUGAGUGUGCCGAGAUCGACGAGCUACAAAAUUGGUUCGCCGAUGAAGAACAACGCGACGCCUUUGCGCACAUCUCGCAUACCUUGUACGACGCUUCCAAAGAGAUCUCGUUCAACCAAGCUUGGCUCAAACAGGUUGGGCUUGAUGCUGCUAAGCGCUGGAGCGGGAAGGGCAUCAUCCCGCCUGCAAUCACCGGCCUACACAACGCAGAUGCUAUCAAAGGCUGGAUGGAUAACGGCAUCGUCAAUGUCGUAGGAGACAACACCCGCCCGCCUCUUCGCAAUCAGCAGAACAGUUUCUGGCCGUUGACGACCAACGUUCAGAACAACGGGUACGCCGGACUCAACGUUAUGCCGCGCUGGGCAACGCUCAUCUACUACAAUUGCGAUCUUCCCGCUUGUACUCUACAAGAGUGGAUCGACACUUCUGCAGGCAAAGGGACGUUUGACGAUCUCAUGAUCAACUCUCGAGACACUGCAAUGCGCAAUCUCUUUGGCCUACAUUGGGACCCAUACAUGUUCCACCAGGCCAACAUGCGCGUCAACGACGUUCCGUCCACAACCGUCAACGGCAAGAGUGGCCAGUACUCGCUACUCAUGACAUGGAUCGAGGUCAUAUCCGCUGAGAUGAUGCGCCUUACAACCUGGCCUUUCAAGACCCUCAAGCACGACGACCUCGCACAGCAGUUCAUCAACCGCCAAACUCGCGACCUAUGCCGACCCAGCUUGACCUGGACUACAUCCGCCAACGGCGCCAACAUCGAGUCUGUCAACGUCUACACGGCCGGCGGAAACAAAUGUGGUACCACCAUACCCAUCACCGUACCAGGCGCCGUGGCAAGCACAACAGGCGCGACGAAAGAGCAACUGGGAAGUGAUCCGCUCACGCUAUGGGUGACUAUGAGCGGCGCAAGCAGGCAGUACAAGUUCUCGAAGGCCAUUCCGCUGUAA